GUUGGGGGCGCGGAAAGAGGCGAGGUUCCGGGGGUGGAGCGGCUAGGAGGGGAGAGGGCGAGCGGGCUAGCGGGCCAAGGCGAGCGAGGAGGCGGCGGCGUCCGUGGAGAAGGAAGAGGCAUCGGGGGUGCGGCCGCCGAGGGGAGCUCCUCCCCCGUUCCUUCACCCCCUCAGCUCGGCUCCUCGAGCCCCGGGCGGGGCGGGGGGACGUGGAGCGAAGCCGGGCGGGGGAACCGCCCGGAGUUGGUCCCCGGCGCACCCCAGCUCCGAGCAUACGCCGCUCGCUGGAACUUUGUGGUGGCGCCGCAGGUGUGGGGGCCCGCGGAGGUGUGCAUGUGGGGCGUGAGGGCGUCGCGGAGAGCGGCCGCUGCCCUGUCCGGCCCCCGCUGGAGUAGCCCGGAGGAAGCAAGUGAGGAGAAAGGUGUGUGCCCUCUUCCUGAUUCUGGAGAAAAAUGCCGGUCCGGAAGCAAGAUACCCAGAGAGCAUUGCACCUUUUGGAAGAAUAUCGCUCAAAACUAAGCCAAACUGAAGACAAACAGCUCAGAAGUUCCAUAGAACGGGUUAUUAACAUAUUUCAGAGCAACCUCUUUCAGGCUUUAAUAGAUAUUCAAGAAUUUUAUGAAGUGACCUUACUGGAUAAUCCAAGAUGUAUAGAUCGUUCAAAGCAGUCUAAAUCAAUACAGCAUGUGAAUACUUGGGAAAUUUCCAGCCUUCCGAGUACUACUGUGACUUCAGAAACACUGCCAAGCAGCCUUAGCCCUAGUGUAGAGAAAUAUCGAUAUCAGGAUGAAGAUACACCUCCCCAAGAGCACAUUUCCCCACAAAUCACUAAUGAGGUGAUAGGUCCAGAAUUGGUUCAUGUCUCAGAGAAAAACCUGUCAGAAAUUGAGAAUGUCCAUGGAUUUGUUUCUCAUUCUCACAUUUCACCAAUAAAGCCAACAGAAGCUGUACCUCUCUCUUCUCCCACUGUCCCUGUGAUCCCUGUCCUGCCAGUCCCUGCUGAGAAUACUGUCAUCCUACCCACCAUACCACAGGCAAAUCCUCCUCCAGUACUGGUCAACACAGAUAGCUUGGAAACACCAACUUAUGUUAAUGGCACUGAUGCAGAUUAUGAAUAUGAAGAAAUCACACUUGAAAGGGGAAAUUCAGGGCUUGGUUUCAGCAUUGCAGGAGGUACGGACAACCCACAUAUUGGAGAUGACUCAAGUAUUUUCAUUACCAAAAUUAUUGCAGGGGGAGCAGCUGCCCAAGAUGGAAGAUUGCGGGUCAAUGACUGUAUAUUGCGAGUAAAUGAAGUAGAUGUUCGUGAUGUAACACAUAGCAAAGCAGUUGAAGCAUUGAAAGAAGCAGGGUCUAUUGUACGCUUGUACGUAAAAAGACGGAAACCUGUAUCAGAAAAAAUAAUGGAAAUAAAGCUCAUUAAAGGUCCUAAAGGUCUUGGGUUCAGCAUUGCUGGAGGUGUUGGAAAUCAACAUAUUCCUGGAGAUAAUAGCAUCUAUGUAACCAAAAUAAUUGAAGGAGGUGCAGCACAUAAAGAUGGUAAACUUCAGAUUGGAGAUAAACUUUUAGCAGUGAAUAGUGUGUGUUUAGAAGAAGUUACUCAUGAAGAAGCAGUAACUGCCUUAAAGAACACAUCUGAUUUUGUUUAUUUGAAAGUGGCAAAACCCACAAGUAUGUAUAUGAAUGAUGGUUACACACCACCUGAUAUCACCAACUCUGCUUCUCAGCCUGUUGAUAACCAUGUUAGUCCAUCUUCUUACUUGGGCCAGACACCAGCAUCGCCAGCCAGAUACUCACCUGUUUCAAAAGUAAUGAUUGGAGAUGAUGAAAUUACACGGGAACCUAGAAAAGUUGUUCUUCAUCGUGGCUCAACAGGCCUUGGUUUCAACAUUGUAGGAGGUGAAGAUGGAGAAGGAAUAUUUAUUUCCUUUAUUUUGGCCGGAGGACCUGCUGAUCUUAGUGGAGAGCUCAGAAAAGGAGAUCGUAUUAUAUCGGUAAACAGUGUUGACCUCAGAACUGCCAGCCAUGAGCAAGCAGCAGCUGCUUUGAAAAAUGCUGGCCAAGCUGUCACAAUUGUUGCACAAUAUCGACCUGAAGAAUACAGUCGUUUUGAAGCCAAAAUACAUGACUUACGGGAGCAGAUGAUGAAUAGUAGCAUUAGUUCAGGAUCAGGUUCUCUUCGAACUAGCCAGAAACGAUCCCUCUAUGUCAGAGCUCUUUUUGAUUAUGACAAGACUAAGGAUAGUGGCCUUCCCAGUCAGGGAUUGAACUUCAAGUUUGGAGAUAUCCUCCAUGUUAUUAAUGCUUCUGAUGAUGAAUGGUGGCAAGCCAGGCAGGUUACACCAGACGGUGAGAGUGAUGAAGUUGGGGUGAUUCCCAGUAAACGCAGGGUUGAGAAGAAAGAACGAGCCCGAUUAAAAACAGUGAAAUUCAAUUCUAAAACAAGAGGCGAUAAAGGGGAGAUCCCUGACGACAUGGGAUCAAAAGGCCUGAAGCAUGUAACUUCUAAUGCCAGCGAUAGUGAAAGUAGUUACCGUGGUCAAGAAGAAUAUGUCUUGUCUUAUGAACCAGUGAAUCAGCAAGAAGUUAAUUAUACUCGACCAGUGAUUAUAUUGGGACCCAUGAAAGAUAGGAUAAAUGAUGACUUGAUCUCGGAAUUUCCUGACAAAUUUGGAUCGUGUGUUCCUCAUACAACUAGACCAAAAAGAGAUUAUGAAGUAGAUGGAAGAGAUUAUCAUUUUGUGACUUCAAGAGAGCAGAUGGAAAAAGAUAUUCAAGAACAUAAAUUCAUUGAAGCUGGCCAAUAUAACAACCAUCUGUAUGGAACAAGUGUUCAGUCUGUGAGAGAAGUAGCAGAAAAGGGCAAACACUGUAUCCUUGAUGUGUCUGGAAAUGCCAUAAAGAGAUUACAGAUUGCACAACUUUACCCAGUCUCCAUUUUUAUUAAACCUAAAUCCAUGGAAAAUAUCAUGGAAAUGAAUAAGCGUCUAACGGAAGAACAAGCCAGAAAGACUUUUGAGAGAGCCAUGAAACUGGAACAAGAAUUUACUGAGCAUUUCACAGCUAUCGUACAGGGAGAUACGCUGGAAGACAUUUACAACCAAGUAAAGCAGAUCAUAGAAGAACAGUCUGGUCCUUACAUAUGGGUUCCAGCAAAAGAAAAGUUAUGAGGACUGAUGUUUCUCUGUUCUCUUUUCCACGGUCUCAUUUUCUUUGACAUUUCUUUGCCCUUUCCUUCUGGAGUCUGCCUUUAAUACUCCUUCCAUGUUGAAUCAUAUCCCACAUAUCAUGGUCUGCAGUUGUACUUAUUUUUGACAUCUAUUAUCUCCUUCAAGUUGUAGCAUCUGUAUUAUUUUGUCACUAUUGGUUUUGGCCAUUUUUCAGAACUGAAGAUAGAAUGGCCUGACCAGCUAUUAAGGAUUUGGGGAGAUGGGGAAAAUGUGGUAAAAUUCCUUAAUGUUUAAGGGAAAGUAACUUUAAGAGAUUUCAGAAAAGCUUUAUAUACAUUCUUUUCAAAUUUCAAUAUAAAUGAAAGAAAUUGGUUUUAAUCAGUGAUUUAGUAAACUUUGAGCAACAAUGCACGCUUAACUUUAAUAGCAUGGUUUGGCCAGUAUAUUAGCCCUCAAGUCCUUUUCUCAAUUGAUUUCUGUUAUGAAAGCGAAUAUUUCAUUAUAGACAAAUUAUGGAAAAUAUGUGUUUUUUUUAAUUUCAAAAUUAAUGUCCGGGUUAACUUUCAUAAUGUCAUAAGGGAUAUUCAUUUUUCAUAAGAGCUCUUCUUAAAGUCUUUUAUUGUUUGAGGGGUUUUUUUUUUUUCCAGUACAUUUGCUAGAAAUAACAAUGUUGAGAUGUUUUUAAUGUACUUGUGCAGCACUAUUUAUAAUGUCUUACAGAAGUUAUUAAUGCAUAAUGAUCAUCACAUUUUCUGAAAUGAGUCCAUGUUUAGGUGCUAGAGGAGCUCACCUUUUACAUAUAAAGUUGAGAAAAUUUCAUAGACAUAAAUACAGACAAAACAGACAUUACAGUGGUGAUGUAGUAAUCACGGCAAUGGAAAAAGGAGUCCAGUUCAUAGCCUAAAACUUUAAAUGUAUUCUUAGGAGUCAGAUUUUAAUGAAUAUUUUACCCACAAUAACUGCCUAUUUUGUUAUAAUAAAAAUAUAUAUAUAAAUAUAUAUAAAAUUUUCUUUAAACUCUGUAACUAUGGGAAUUAUUUUCUUUACAUAGUUGCACACACACACACACAAACAUAUAUUUAAAAUAUAUUUUUUUUCUUUUGCCACCUACUCUUUUUGUUUGGUUUUUAAAUUAAAUAUUACUUGACUAGACUUUUAUCUUCCUUAACUAUGUGAACUGAAAAUGGGGAUAUGAUGGUUAUGGAAAGAAACCUUUAGGGAAAUUAGAUUGCAAGUAAAAGUAUGGGCAUGUUCUCCUCUUUUCUACAAAAGUUUUCAAAUGGUUCCUGGUUGGUUUAUUUUUGUUUCGUUUUUGUUUUUGUUACUGUUGUUCUUGUCAUUGGGUUUGAAUUUGGUCCUCUGCCUCACUUUCCAGUUCUCCUCCUUUCAUAAUAGGCAAACAAGCAAAAGCCUCGUGUGUGUGAGUAUAUUUCCCUCAGACUGCACUCCUUUCAUCUUUCAUGGCUGCUCCGCACUAGCGUUGUGCAGAUCUUCAUGGUGAUCAAUUUUAAGAAAUUUUAGUGAAGGGUAGAUAUGAUUUCAGAAAUCAAUUUCUCUGGUCUUUUAUAUUAAUAUUGUUUACCUUCCCAUUGCUUUUUUUGGAGUUUAUUAAAUAUGUGUUUUGACAACCUCCUCAUUACACUUUCUUAAAUGAGUACUGGUUUGUAAAGAAUUAUCGACAUUAUCCAUUCCAUUUAUGAGAAAGAGGAGAACAGCUAAUAAACUUUAUUGUAAAAUCCA